AUGUCUCCUCCUCGCGUCGCCUGGAUUCGAAGCCUAAACGCAGUUUACAGUGGAGAUUUAACUGACCGCCAGUUAGUUGCACGUGAGCGUCACCAAUGGAAACGCUGCAUUGGAGGGCAAAGUGUACGCUGGGUUAAUAUCCCCUUUGAAGCUGUUCAGGAGAACGAAGCUUUAAGCAGCGUCAUUAUAAGAGAGCGGGACUUCCAGGAUUGGAGGAGGCGGAACCCUCCAAAAGUGGCCGGGUCAUCUCGGGUGUCUGUGUCUUCCGUCCUUUUCUCGGACUCAAGCGGACAACAAGCGUCGUGGCUUACCCCUGGAACGGCGUUCGUGCGCGAUGACUCACGUCCCGAAAGCCGAACUAUACGCUGGCGUUUAGCCGAAGAGUGUUCGACAUCAUCUCGCCAGUAUUCCAAAACUAUCCUGCGAGCAUCGACUCUAGCCUUCUCUGAAAAAGCACAAUGGUUUUAUCAGUAUUCACUUAAGCUGUGCUCAUCGAUUGUCGAAGGAUACCAUACAAUACGAAUCCACCGUGACAGGGUUUUGAAGCAGUCUAUGAAUCUCAUCAUGUCGGCACCAAGUGGAACCCUCCAUCGUCGCCUUCGAGUCGAUUUUGUGGACGAGGCUGGCGUCGAUGGAGGUGGAAUACUGCGGGAGUGGCUGCAUUUGGUUUGCAGCCAGCUUUUCGCCGAAGCACCGGGGUUGUUUACGUUGACAAGCUCAUCGGCACACCAAGGGUAUUGGAUUAACCGAACCUCCACGGGAAAGUGUACGAAGCAGCUAGAGAUGUACGUCUUCUUUGGGAAACUACUUGGCAAAGCGCUGCUUGAAGGCCUUCUCCUGAAUGUGCGGCUUUCCAUCCCGCUGCUGAAGCACAUUCUUGGUGGACCACUGAAGCUGUCUGACCUGUAUCUCCUCGACGAAACGGUAUACUCCAGUAUGAUGUGGAUUCUUGAAAACGACAACACCAAUGCCUUGGGUUUAAAUUUCACGGUUGAAGGUAUAGAACUUAUUCCGAGCGGUGCCGAUGUCACACUGCAUGAUGGAAACAAACAACUCUACGUCGCAAAGGUGGCACAAUAUUAUCUGUUUGAUAGUGUUCGAGCGGAGAUAUCGAGCAUCAUGGAGGGUUUUCGUAGUGUCGUCAACGAUACAGUUCUUCAUGUAUUCGACUUCAAAGAGCUCGAUUUGCUGCUGUCGGGGUUACCGCAGAUCGAUGUCGACGACUGGAGGCAACACACAGACGUUCGGUUUUACGAGCAAAGCACUCACGAGUUUGAAUUAGUUGGGUGGUUCUGGGAGGUCCUGGAGUCUUUUUCUCAAGAUCAACGCGGUCAUCUACUGCAAUAUGUUACAGGUUCCAGCGGCGUCCCCGUCGAAGGCUUUAAGGGCCUUACUGGUAUGGAUGGCGAGAUUCAGCUUUUCACAAUUCAACUGGGGAAAGAUGUUUCAACUGUGUACACAGUACUACCCCACGCAAGCACAUGCUUAAACAGAUUGGAUUUACCACUUUAUCCUUCUAAAGUUGAGCUUGAGCGAAUUUUGACAAUGGUGGUAGAGAUGGACGUUACAGGAUUUAGUAGUCGGUAG